AAUGGUCCGAGCGGGCCCCGGCGCCGGCCCGCGCCGCCCGGCCCGCGCCCCGGCCCGCAGGUAGCCGGGCCUCCCUAUGGGCCACCUGCUGUCGCGGGAGCCGCGCCGCCGCCCGCGCCGCCCGAGGCCGCGCUGCUGCGCCGGGCGCCGCGACUGCCUGCUCCGCGGGCCCUGCAUGCUCUGCUUCGUCGUGCACGGCGCGCCCGCCCCCGCCGGCCCGGAGGAGGAGCCGCCGCUCGCGGCCCUGGCGGCCGAGCACUGCGCCGCCGCCGCCCGCCGCUUCCUGCUGUCGCCCGCCGCCGCCGCCUGGGAGCAGCAGGGCCGCGGCCUGGUGCUGGCGGCCGUGGGGCCCGUGCGCCUCGCGGGGCCGCCCCCCGACAUGGUGUGCAAGCGCAAGGGCGCGGGGCUCCCUGCCUGCACCCCCUGCAAGCAGCCCCGCUGCGGGGGCGGCGGCGGCGGCGGCGGCGGCGGGGGCGGCGGCCCGGCGGGGGGAGGCGCCUCCCCGCCGCGACCCCCCGCCGCCGGCCGCUGCCCCUCGCCCGCGCAGGGCGCCCCCGCCGCCCCCUCGGCCUCGCCGCCGCCGCCGCAGCGCGACGGCGGCGACGCGGGCUGGCAGGAGCCCCCCGGGAGCCCCUGCGACUGCGCCCGGGAGCCGCCCCCCGACACCCCCGACAUCAACCAGCUGCCGCCGUCCAUCCUGCUCAAGAUCUUUUCCAAUUUGUCCCUGGAUGAGCGCUGUCUUUCCGCAUCGUUGGUUUGCAAAUACUGGCGGGAUCUCUGUUUAGAUUUCCAGUUCUGGAAGCAGCUGGAUCUUAGUAGUCGUCAGCAGGUCACUGAUGAACUAUUGGAAAAAAUUGCAUCAAGAAGUCAGAAUAUAAUUGAAAUCAACAUUUCUGAUUGCCGCAGCAUGUCUGACAGUGGCGUGUGCGUACUGGCAUUCAAGUGUCCCGGGCUGCUCCGGUACACGGCCUACCGGUGUAAGCAGCUCUCAGACACGUCCAUCAUCGCCGUGGCGUCGCACUGCCCCCUGCUGCAGAAGGUCCAUGUGGGCAACCAGGACAAGCUGACUGAUGAGGGGCUCAAGCAGCUGGGCUCCAAAUGCAGAGAACUCAAAGACAUUCAUUUCGGCCAGUGCUACAAGAUCUCGGAUGAAGGCAUGAUCGUCAUUGCUAAGGGUUGCCUGAAAUUGCAAAGGAUAUACAUGCAGGAAAACAAACUAGUGACAGACCAGUCAGUGAAAGCAUUUGCUGACCAUUGUCCUGAGCUUCAGUAUGUUGGUUUCAUGGGCUGUUCAGUUACUUCCAAAGGCGUCAUCCACCUAACCAAGCUAAGGAACCUUUCCAGCUUAGACCUACGUCAUAUCACUGAACUGGAUAAUGAAACCGUGAUGGAAAUUGUCAAGAGGUGCAAGAAUCUGAGCUCUCUCAAUCUCUGUCUGAACUGGAUCAUAAAUGACAGGUGUGUGGAGGUCAUUGCAAAGGAAGGGCAGAACCUGAAAGAGCUGUAUUUGGUGUCCUGUAAGAUCACAGAUUAUGCACUGAUAGCCAUUGGACGCUACAGCAUGACCAUAGAGACUGUGGAUGUUGGGUGGUGUAAAGAAAUCACAGACCAGGGAGCCACGCUGAUUGCACAGAGCAGCAAAUCUCUGAGAUACCUGGGCCUGAUGAGAUGCGAUAAAGUCAACGAAGUGACCGUGGAGCAGCUGGUGCAGCAGUACCCGCACAUCACUUUCAGCACCGUCCUGCAGGACUGCAAGAGGACCUUGGAGAGAGCCUACCAGAUGGGCUGGACCCCCAGCAUGUCCACAGCCUCCUCCUAAGGCUCCCGCCCUCACCUGGGCCCUGGGGCCGGCAUGGGGCAGGUGGGAGUUGUAGAUUUGGGUUGGGUGAUCUGUUGGAAAGAUUUUAACUGUCACAUGUCUGCGUAUGUAUCUGCGUGUGUAUAUUUGUGUCUCGUUUGCAUAUUGCAUAGCAUAAGCGCAAAUGCUAUUUGUUCUCAGGCGAGCUGUUCUGUUCUUUAAAAGGAAAGCUUGGAAAGCUUGGCGUUUUUAAGUUCAAAGGCUUCUUUCUCUAUAAAAAGAGAAAAAAAAUCUUUUUUGUUGUUUUACUAUAGAAUAAGACAAUUGGAUGGAUUGUUUUGACAUUCUAAUAACUGCCACUUGUAGAGACCUCCAAAAUGAAGGCAGCUGUCUCCUUUUUGGAAGGGCAGAUUUGUGCAUGUCUGCUGUGUCAGCCAGAACAGAAGGAUGUUGUACUAAUUAAAAGUCUGGAAACCAGAGCUUUGCAAGGUUUUAAACACACACAGAUGUUCUCAUGCUCUCUCGUACCUAUGAGCCUUCACGACACUGUAACCUUCUCCCAGGCCACGGCAGAAGCUCGUCCUCCACUGUGGAUCUACCAAACUCAUCCACAAGUGGCCAACUUCCUCUAUGGUGGAUGACUUAGAGACUAAAGGCUUUUGUUGAUUUUUAUGGAGGCAGCCAUUAGAACUCUCCGGUCAUCAGACAAAAGUUAAUUAUUCAUCCUUCCUAAAAUGUGUUCUGUUGAGUACUAAAUAUUUUAGUUGAGUUUCAUGUUAUUGGUGUGUUGGUGUUAGCUUUUGUUUCAUGGAUAGUAACUGGUCAGGAUAUAUUUUAAUGAUACUUAGAGCUAAUCUUAGCAUUAUUCACAUUAAAACCACCAAUGUAAUUAAAUAGUGUGCGGUUAUUAAGAAACUCACAGAUCAUUUAAUUAUUUUUUGUUAAUUUUGGUAAUUAUGAAAGUAUAUUUCUGAAAUUUGGGGGUAGUCAUGUAGAUAGAAGAUUAAUGAGUGAGAUACAAGUAGACAAUCUUCCUAUUGAUUUUUUUUGCUUUGCUUUGGACUUUAGAACAGGUUUUUGGGAUAUAUGCAUGUUAUUUUUUGAAUAGUUUUUAUGCGACUGCAAAGAUCUGUUUUUGGUUAGUGUAUGAGUUAAGAAGAAAAAUUAGAAAAUCUUUUCAUUAAGAUUCUGUUUACACUUGUCAAAAAUAAGCAUUUGUUUGUUUAAAGUUUUCCAGAUUUCAGUUAAGACAGUAUCUAUCAGUAAAUGAAUAUAUGUUUUGAUUUCACACAUCUUUACGAUGAAUUCAGAGUAGGGACUCAGGCUCAAAUAAUCUUUCCUGCAUCUAGAUUUAUAAUCAAGACAGCAGGGAGCCUUUUUAAGCUAAAGAGUGAUUGAUUAUCUUUUACAGUAGACCUAGAUAUGAAAGCCUGACUUGUGAAUUUCCUAUUUAUUCUUCCUCAAUGUGGACAUACUGUUUUUUUUAAUCUUUGCCAGAUAUGCUGAUUUUACUUUCACCUUAUAAGUCCCAGUAUUGCUAAACUGAUACUAGUCCUAAGGAAAAACAGCUUUCCAUUUCAGUGUCAUUCAUUUAUUUAUGAUGACUCCAUGUUUUGUGAACAGUUGUUGCCUUUGAUUAUGUCAACGUGUUUCUGGUAUUUUUAAUUUUUGACUUUGAACCCAAAUCAGUUAGGAAAAUCUAGUCAUAGGAACCCAGGGUCUCUUUUCCCUAUACUAAAUACAUUACUAAAUACAUUACUAAUUUAAUUUGAAGGAAUGAAAUUGGAAUAAGACAAAAAAAGCCUGCUGUUAAUAAAUUCUAGGUCUUCUUAUGCAUCAUUUUCAUAUUUCUUUCCCCACCAUGGGAAAAAAUUAAUUCACAAUCUUUUGACUAGUUUUUAAUCCAAAACUAAUUUAUAAGACCAUAUGUAUAGUAAAGUAGCUUGAGUGAAUAAGCAAAAGUUUAAUUUUUAUAUAUGUCACAUUAUAUUUUAAAUAGUUUAAAAAGGCCAAAAAAAAGAGCCAUCAAUGAUAUAGAUGGCACCAUUUCAGUUCAAAGUUGUGAUAAUCUCUUGAGUGUUCCAGUUUGGUUGUCAAAUGGUUUCAGAAGUGUAUAACUGAUUUUUAAAAAUGUUGCAUUGUUUUGAUCUAAAGUACAGCACUAUAACAUGCUUUAGCUUGGGGGGAGGGUGGGCUGGGAGGGUCUCGCACUUACCUUUAAAAUGUUGACUAAUCCAGAAAGCCUGAUGCAACAUAACCCAGAAAACCGCUUUGGUAUAUUUGUAGAAAUCUGUAGAAAUAUCAUACCUGGCCUCAAAGCAUUAAUCUCAAAAACACCUCACAAAAGCAUCACCUUGAGUGAUCCAGUGAUGGUUGUUAAAUGUGUUCUCAUUAGAUGCUUGGAAAUGGGGCUUCAAAUGAUUUUUCUGGGCAAUAUAGAGUUUCUUUUUUUGCUUAGACUGUCAUAAAUAUAUGUGAACACAUUUGAUGCAGGGCUUUUUAUCCUCUCCAAAAUGUCAACAGUAUUUUCAGAAUAAAGACUAUGAAAUAUAUUGCUGUAGUGGAAAAUUCUGGUCCUUUGUCUUUAAUGUCUUUUUGAGUGGAUAAAGGAAAUUCACCCAGUUUGUAGUUUCUAUAUUUCUGUGAAUCUUUUGACCUUGCAAUGGGUUGCAAUAAAAGAGAAACAAAACACUG